UCAUACAUUAACCAACAUAAGAUAAACACCACACUCUGGUGCCGCAGAUACGGAAAUAAUUUUAAUUACGAUUUGAAUAUAUUAUUUUUGAUUUGUGUAUUUGUUCAAUAAUAUUUGUUAUUAUUACUGUGAUUAAGUUCGUUUUUGUGUGAAAUGGCGAUGCAAAAUGGAUAUUCGAAUAAAACGCAGUUGGAUGUGAUUGUUGUUGGUGCUGGAUUGGUGGGGUCUUUAGAAGCGCUGUAUCUAGCAAAACGGGGUCAUCGUGUUCGCCUAUACGAGUUCCGAGAAGAUAUCAGAAAAACCCCUCAAGCUAGGGGCAGGUCCAUAAACUUGGCUUUAUCAGUACGUGGAAGACGAGCUCUGAAGGAUGUAGGACUGGAGACACACAUGAUAAAGGAGCAUGGGAUCCCAAUGACUGGGAGACGCAUCCAUAGAACAGAUGGUUCCACCUACGUCAUACCUUAUGAUGCUAACACUAAGCAGAGCAUCUAUUCAGUGGGAAGAAACUAUUUAAAUGGACUACUUUUACAAGGCAAGACAGACACUAAUGAAACUGUCACCGUAACUGCUGACUUGAUCAUCGGGGCUGACGGCGCCUUCUCAGCAGUCCGUAAGGCGAUGAUGAAGCAGCCGUUCUUCGACUUCAGCCAGAAAUAUAUCGAACAUGGAUACUUGGAACUGUGUAUACCACCAGCUGAUAAUGGCGGUUUUCUGAUGCCAGCUAACUACCUCCACAUUUGGCCUAGGGGCGAGUUCAUGAUGAUCGCUUUGCCGAAUCAAGAUUGCUCAUGGACCGUCACACUCUUCAUGCCGUUCGAUAAGUUUAAGAAUUUGGACACAGAGGAAAAGCUUUUGGCCUUCUUUGAGAAAUACUUCCCAGACUCAAUACCAUUGAUUGGUAAGAAGAAACUAGUUGAAGACUUCUUUGCUGUAAAACCGUCACCGUUGGUUGCUGUUAAGUGUCGUCCUUACCACGUAGAAGAUAAGGCUCUUAUUAUCGGAGACGCAGCACACGCUGUAGUACCAUUCUACGGCCAAGGCAUGAACGCUGGCUUUGAAGACUGCACGUUGUUAGAUCAGCUCUUCCAGAAACACCAUGAUAAUCUUGCUGAGAUCCUAAAGGAGUUCUCUGAGACCAGAUGGGAAGAUACAUUCGCUAUCAGCGACUUGGCCAUGUACAAUUAUAUUGAGAUGAGAGAUUUGGUGACGCGUCCUUCAUACAAGUUUCGUAAAGCGAUGGACGACUUUAUAUUCUGGUUACUGCCAAACUUCUGGGUGCCUCUGUACAACUCUGUCACAUUCUCCACUAUGCCUUACAGUCUAUGCAUCAAAAACCGCGAAUGGCAGGACAGGGUACUAAAGAAAUUUUUGAAGAUAGUGGGCAUCGGAGCAUUGAUAGGUGGUGCCAUGGCGUUCAAAAUUAAAUACUACAGCUGA